AUGCCGCUGGUGAAGAGGAACAUCGAGCCCCGGCACCUGUGCCGGGGGGCUCUUCCCGAAGGGGUGACAAGUGAGCUGGAGUGUGUCACCAACAGCACGCUGGCUGCCAUCAUCAAACAGCUGGGCAGCCUCAGCAGGCAUGCAGAGGACAUCUUUGGUGAGCUGUUCAAUGAAGCCAACAGUUUCUACAUGAGGAUGAACUCGCUGCAGGAGAGGGUGGACCUGCUGGUCAUCAAGGUGACGCAGCUGGACUCAACUGUGGAGGAAGUUUCACUGCAGGACAUCAACAUGCGGAAAGCCUUCAAGAGCUCCACGGUGCAGAACCAGCAGGUCGUGUCUCGCAACUCCAUCCCCAACCCAGUGAUGGAGAUGUACCAGCGCUGCGACAAGCCCCCGCCGCUCAACAUCCUCACGCCCUACAGGGAUGACAAAAAGGAUGGCCUCAAGUUCUACACUGACCCCUCCUACUUCUUCAACUUAUGGAAGGAGAAAAUGUUGCAGGCAACAGAAGAUAAGAGAAAGGAGAAACGCAGGCAGAAGGAGCAGCGGCUGGUGGAGGACUCCACCCGGGAGGUGAAGAAAGUGAGGAAAGCCCGCAACCGGCGCCUGGAGUGGAACAUGAUGGCGUAUGAUAAAGAGUUCCGACCCGAUAACAGGUUCUCACCAUCCCCCUAUCACAUGGCGUCAUCGGAAGGAUCACUGUCCCCAGAUAAUAGAUCUUACGCCUCGGAUGCCGCCGACCACUCGUACCCGGCGAGCCCCAACCACCCCGCGCAGCUGCUGGCCCCGACGUCCCCCCCGGCCCCAGCAGAGCACAAGGAGGGGGGUCUGGCAGCUGUGCCCCCCCAGGAGCACGUGUACCGCCCGGUGCCAGCGGUGGGCAGCCGCCAGAACAGCCUCAGCCGCCUCCAGCAGCCCCACGUGCCCCAGCCCCCCGAGGCUGUUCUCAACGGGCCCAGACCCCACUUGGUCAAGGAUUACGGUCCCCCCGCCAUCGCCGCCUCCCCCGCGCACUCCGCGUCGCCGCCCGCGCCCGCCGAGCCCCGCAAGCCGCAGAUGCCGCUGAUGCCCAUGAGCGAUGCCCGGAGCGACCUGCUGGCAGCGAUCCGCAGGGGAAUCCAACUCCGGAAAGUCCAGGAACAGUGGGAACAAGAGGCCAAAAAAGAGCCCGUGGGUAACGACGUGGCCACCAUCCUGUCGCGCCGGAUCGCGGUGGAAUACAGCGAGUCCGACGACGACUCCGAGCUGGACGAUAACGAGUGGUCGGACUGA